AUUAUUGUUUUUUUAUCGGUUAGAAUUUAUAUAAAUAAGGGACACACGUCGUGGUCAUCUCUUUCGACAAGCUGAGAAAGGGAGGUUAAGCCGGUAAGCUCACCACCCGCUCUUAGAAUUCUCCUCCGCCAUGAACAUCUCAUCCACCUCCUCCUCCUCCCCUAGUUCUCGUACCUACCGCGUCUCCUUGGACUUGGAUCUGUAAAUCGAUUAGGUUGGCUGGAAGCGAAGGCGGGGAAGAUGCCAUAAGAAGAUGGUCCAGGUUUGCAAUCUCCUCCGCCGACAACACGAGGAGGCCUACGGAGCCCGUUUCGCGGUGGACGCCUGUUGCGAUGAUAUCAAGAAUUAUUCUUCCUCGAAGUUGAGAUCGAUGGCCGAGGAGCCUUCUCGAACCAUAACACCGGAAGAGGAAGAAGAAGAGGAGAAGGAGGAAGAAGGCGACCCCGGUACCUCCUCCGGAGAUUGGCUCCGAUUAGGCCUGGCGUCGCCGCCGUCAGAGCGCGCUGAGGGACGACAGGUAUUGACCGAGCUCCAGCUGUUGAGAGAUAGGCCUUCGUCUUCGUCAUCAUCCGUGGUGCCGGUGGUAGGGUUGGCCCCGCCGCAGAUGCCCUGGGGAAGUUGGAACCCCGGUGAGAUGAUCGGAGCUGAUGUGUCGUCUGUGCCGAUGCUGGCCAUUCCGGAGUUCACGACCGCCCAGUUUGCGCGCCCACUGGGGAGCCCCGGGGCGUCGGCGGAGGGUGGCUUCGGUAUAAGGGUGGUUAGUCCACCGAGAAGACAAACGGGCAUUUGGCUCAUACUUCAGGCUGCUCCAAAUCAAGGAAGGCAGCCUUUUUUGCCUCAGAUACCUAGGAGCUACUUGAGGAUAAAGUACUUGCAGCUUCUCCCUCCUCUGAAGGACUUCAUGGCUGUGCUAGCAACGAUUAAAUCUCUUUUUGUUACUGCUUUUUACAGGGAUGAAGGCCUGACGAUUAGUUUGCUGAUGAAGUACUUGGUGAAGAAGCUGGGCUUGGAGGAUGAAUCAGAGGUGGAGAUUACAUGCAGAGACCAGCAGCUUCUUCCCUUCUUGACCUUGCAAUAUGUUCGAGAUAACAUAUGGUGUUUGCGCGAUAUGAUGUCCAUGCUUGUUGAUCCUCCCAGCAUUGAUCAUGUGAUGACAUUGCAGUAUAGGAGAGGCAGGGAUCGAUAUCGAUCGAUGUCUGCGCCACUCUUUUUGUAAUCACCCAUUCUGCUAAUCUUUCCAAUGCGACUCCUGUUAUUUCUGUUCUUCCCAAUAUGAUUCAUUCAGCAGCAAGUGGAGAGAACAUGACGCCUUAUGAAGUAAAAAUUUCCAGCCAGAUGGAUACAUAUGAUUUUGUUCCUGCUGAUAUGCUUGGAUGUCAGGUGCUACAACCUCUUCUUUUUUGCUGCACUCGAACCUGAGAAAAGACCCAUAAAUUUCAUCAGAUAGUUUGUACUGAAGGAUAUGUAAUGGUUCAAUUACAUGUACAAGCACAACUUACAAAUC